ACAAGAGACCGACGCUUAUGCCCUUUGGAAGAAGUUAGAAGAUAUGUAUCAGGCCAAGACCGCUAGGAACAAGGCCUUACUGAUGAGGCGUCUUGUCAAUAUGAAGCUCAAAAGUGGAACUUCUGUUGCUGAACAUACUAGUCAAUUUCAGAGUCUGGUAAAUCAACUAUCUUGUGUAGAAAUGCCACUUGGAGAUGAAAUGCAAUCUCUACUACUUCUUAGUUCCCUUCCUGAUAGUUGGGAGACACUAGUUGUUACUCUCAGCAACUCAGCCCCAGAUGGCAAACUUACCAUGUCUGUGGUCAAGGAUGCACUGUUCAAUGAGGAGGCAAGAAGGAAAGACAUGAGCACAGAUGAGACUCAUGCCCUUGUGACUGAGAAUAGAGGAAGAUCACAAGGAAAACAACAAAGAAACAGUAGAGGGAAAUGGCAAAGCAGAGGCAAAAGUCGGGGGAUAUCAUCAGAUGGCCGGAAACCUUCUUAUACCUGCCACCAUUGCGGUAUAGAGGGUCACAUGAAGAAGAAUUGCUACAAAUUGCUAGAGGAGCGAGGCAAGAGCAAUUCUCAAGCAAAGAACAAGGGUGGUGAAGCGCUCAUCACAAUCUCAGGUGAUGUGGCGUAUUGUACUAUCAAUGAUGAAGCAUGCCUUCACGUCUCAAGAGAGGACACUGAAUGGGUGGUAGAUACUGCAGCAUCCUACCAUGUUACUCCCCACAGGUACUACUUCACAACUUACAAAGCUGGAGACUUUGGAGCAGUGAAGAUGGGCAAUUCCAGUUCCUCUGGAAUAGCUGGAAUUGGUGAUGUACAAAUAAAGACAAGUACUGGGAGCACAAUCACUUUGAAGGAUGUCAGACAUGUUCCAGACCUUCGGCUCAAUCUCCUGUCAGUGGUAUGUCUUGACGAACAGGGGUAUGAAAACCACUUUAACAGGGGCACCUGGAAAAUGUCAAAGGGCGUUUUGACAAUCGCUCGAGGACAUGUUUGUGGCACAUUGUACAAAACCCAUUUGAGGAUUUGUACGGAUAGCCUCAACAUUGCAGAGGAGACUUCUCAGAAUCUGUGGCACCUGAGACUCGGUCACAUCGGUGAGAAAGGGUUGACUACCUUGAUGAAGAAGAACCUUAUCAACAUCGACAAGAAUGCUGCACUGGCUCCUUGCAGUCAUUGUUUGUUUGGUAAGCAACAUAGAGUAUCAUUUAGUUCUACUUCAACUAAAAGAUCAGAGUUGUUAAGUUUGGUACACUCCGAUGUCUGUGGUCCUUUCGAGGUGGAAUCAAUCGGUGGAAGCAGAUAUUUUCUGACUUUUAUCGAUGAUGCUUCUCGGAAAGUGUGGGUGUAUUUCCUGAUUACGAAGGAUCAGGUGUUCGAGAGCUAAAUGUCUGCUUACGAAGAAUCAAUCGGUGGAAGCAGAUAUUUUCUGACUUUUAUCGAGGGCAUGUUCUUUUGCUCAACUUGAAGUGAUUCGCAAGUGGAACACUUACUGGUUUGGCAUCAUUCAUGUUGAAUCUCUCAAGUACUCGUUCAAUGUACUUCUCCUGAGAUAGCCAUAACUUGCGAUUCUUCCUGUCUCGAGUGAUCUGCAUCCCAAGAAUCUGUUGAGCCGGUCCUAAGUCUUUCAUAUCAAAAGACUUAGAGAGUUCUUUCUUCAGCUGGUUUAUCUUCACUGCAUCUUUCCCAACGAUUAACAUGUCGUCUACAUAUAGUAGAAGAGCAAUGAAAGUACCGUCUGGAAGUUUCUUGAUGUAUACACACUCAUCCGCAGUAGUCUUCUAGUAGCCUUGACUCUUCAUGCAUGAGUCAAACUUCUUAUUCCACUGCCUUGGUGCCUGCUUCAAGCCAUACAAACUCUUAGAUAAUUUACACACAAAAUUAUCAUUUGAGUUCUCAAAACCUUCCGGCUGCUGCAUGUAGAUUUCUUCUUUCAAAUCUCCGUGAAGAAAUGCUGUCUUCACAUCCAUUUGUUCAAGGUGACUGGACGCAGGUGAAAGGUGGCAGUUGACUGAUGACGUGGCGGCUGACUGUGCUGGGACUGCACAUGUGGCGCUGACGUGUCGCUGACGCAGCUCUGGCUGGAUGAUGACGUCAGCGAUGACGUCAGCCGUCUUCUACCUCUGGACUGCGCGUGAUGACGUCAGCCAUGACGCAGGCAGUUUUUGGCCGGCGUUUGGCGGCGCGUACGGCAGCUUACGGUGGCCAAAAAAAUCCCCAAAAAUACCAGUUUUUUUGUCUCGACGAGAGGAAUCCAACGGUAUAUUCAGAUUGCAAUUCCGAGCAAUAAUGAAAAACUCGAUUUUUCAGACAGUAGAAUUUUAUCUGAAAAAAUCUGGGAAAAAUAUCAAAAGCUCAACCAGGCUCUGAUACCACUUGUUGGGAAUAACAGGAUCGUGCUAAUAUGAGAGAAGAACACUUCUAUUACUUUCAAGAAUAGAAAUAAGAGACAUACAAGCUCUAACUAAAAACUCUCAAAACAACCUCACAUAUCUCUCAAGGAUAUUCACAACUCAAACUUGGAUGUGCUAUGAUGAUCUAUUCUAAUUUACUUGAUGAUAGAAAGACUCUCCAAGCUCUCUAUUUAUAGCACCAAAACAAGGUACUAUGAAGGUGGGAGGAAGGUGGGAUUAAACAUGAGGAAACUUCAAUGGUGGCUGAGGAAGCUCCCUUUGUCAUUCUUGCACAUGGAGGAAGCUUCAUGGUUGUUGCUUGCACAUGGAGGAAGGUUCAUGCUUGUUGCAAUUGAAUUCUUCAGUAUUGAUGUGUAUGUUUAUAGGAAGCUCGUGAGUUGAUAUUCAACUCUGAGGAGCAAAGAACUUGAUAAUCAUUAAUAAAAAUCACAUAAUAGCACAAUUAACUUUUACUUGUUAUUAUUUCCUUUUGAGAAAUUCU